AUGGAAAACCAGUCUUUUAUUACAGAAUUCAUCCUACUUGAUUUUCCUCAAUUUCAGCAGCAGGAGCGCCUCCUGGGUAUUUUCCUUCUUGCUUCCUAUCUGCUCACCUUAGCAGGGAACACCAUGAUCAUCAUUGUUGUCAUUCACAGCCAUCACCUACACACUCCCAUGUACUUCUUCCUGUGGAACCUUUCUUGCUUAGAGAUCCUCAUUACAACUUCAAUAGUGCCUAAGGUACUGGUGAGCCUCUUAUUAGGCUACAAAACCAUCUCGUACCCAGCUUGCAUUGCCCAGUGCUAUUUCUUCUUCUUUUUGGGAAGCAGUGACUUUGCCCUGUUGGCUGUCAUGGCAUUUGACCGGUACAUGGCCAUUUGCAACCCACUGCACUAUUCAGCAGUUAUGAGUACUCAGCUUUGCCUGUGGCUAGUAGUGGGAUCUUGUGCUGCUGGCUUUUUAGCUACAAUAAUCCCCACCAUCCUGGUUUUACAACUACCAUUCUGCCACGCCAACAGUAUUGACCACUUUUUCUGUGACAGUGUGGCCUUGAUGAAGCUAGCAUGCACUGACACCAGUGUGGUGGAGUUGGUGAGCUUCUUCUCCUCCACAACCGUUCUGUUGGGAUCUUUCAUUUUCACAGUGAUGUCCUACACCUACAUAGUCAGAACCAUUCUCAAGAUUCCAUCUGCGUCAGGACGCUACAAGGCUUUCUCCACCUGCUCCUCACAUUUCAUCAUUGUCAGCCUUGGAUACGGCAGCUGCAUCUUCAUGUACGUACGACCUUCAGGAAGCAACCCUUCUGUCAAUAAGAUGGUUUCUUUGAUCAAUACAGUCCUGACCCCUUUGCUAAGCCCAUUCAUUUUCACUUUGAGGAACCAGCAGGUGAAAGAUGCUGUAAAG